AUGGAGCCGCGGGACUGGCUAAGGACUGUCUGCUGCUGCUGCCCGUGCACGUGCCUGGAGGAGCCCGCUGCGCUGGAGAAGGAGCCCCUGGUCAGUGAUAGCAAUCCAUAUUCUUCAUUUGGAGCAACUCUGGCGAGAGACGAUGACAAGAAUUUGUGGAGCAUGCCCCAUGACCUGUCCCACACAGAGGCAGACGAUGACAGAAUCCUGUACAAUCUGAUAGUCGUUCGAAAACAGCAGGCCAAAGAUUCAGAGGAGUGGCAAAAACUCAACUACGAUAUCUACACCCUGCGGCAGAUCCGGAGGGAAGUGGGAAAUAGAUGGAAACGCAUCUUAGGGGAUUUAGGUUUUCAAAAGGAAGCUGACUCUUUGUUGUCCCUGAUGAAACUCAGCACCAUUAGUGAUUCUAAAAACACAAGGAAGGCUCGGGAGAUAUUGUUAAAACUGGCUGAAGAAACCAGUAUUUUUCCAACAAACUGGGAGCUCUCGGAGAGAUACCUCUUUGUUGUGGACUGUCUCAUUGCUCUCGAUGCAGCAGAAGAGUUCUUUAAUAUCGCCAGUCGAACUUACCCCAAGAAGCCAGGAGUCCCAAGCCUGGCGGAUGGCCAGAAAGAACUGCACUACCUUCCGUUUCCAAGUCCCUAA